AUGAGCACUGUCACACCAGCAGUCCAUGUCGGCGCAGUGGUCCCUACCGCAACUGGCCAAGUGGGAGUCAACCCGGUUAGCAUUCUCCCUCCAGCUUCAGUCUUGGGAAUUGACCGCAAUCUUCACACCAGCCAAGGUACUGUGACUCCAGAUCUUGCACGCGGUACCAUCAGAACGAUCACACGGGGACCGAGCUCUCGACCGGCCACCACAACACGAGAAGCUUUUUUCUCAGCGACUACCAAUGCUGCCGGCGACAUCGACAUCAGCAUCAUUAACCCGGCCCUGGAGUCCUUUCUCGAGGAUGCCGCACAGAAUGUACCGGCUUGUGGCCUCAAGCGCCGGGCAUACUGCGGGGCUAGGGCCUUCGUCGACCACUUCGAGACGCAAUUCGACAAGUCGGUUCAAGUUAUCGAAGACCUUGAAGAAGCGAUAUUUGAAGGAGCGCCCAAGCAUCCUAUCAAGAUUGAAGUGGAAAAGGCAAUUGAUUUAACUAAUGCUGAAGGUGAGGCCGAGGCAGUUCCCGAUGUGGCUUUUAGCAUAAUGUCGGAAGGCGAGGUCACUGCAGUCGAGGCUGGUGCCCCUGCAGCUAUCGGAGCCCUCGGUGUUGGCUUUCUUGCGUAUGCUUUCCAUGUUUACGGCGCGACAAAGAACUCUGGGAGUACAAAGCCAUUGAUCACCGGGAUUCAUGUUCCCUCAGCCUCCCUCAAAGCUGUCAAACAGACCAAACGACCAACGAAGACUGCCACGGUCUCGACGAGAUCAUCGACGACCACAAGCUCAUGUCCAGACCCAACAAAAACACCAUUAUUGUGCAAUUAUGAUGAAGAGAAGUUGGAUUGCGAUUCGAAGGUGUCUGGUAAGGAGUUAGUUUGCGAAUCGGGUGAACAUGAAGGUUGCGAGUGUCUUGCGCCCAUGGUUUUCAAGGGCGCAGGAGCUUCCGAGGAGGAACGGGCAGCUAUGGCUGAAAUUGCCGAACUAUUCAGGACUUUGCCAAAGGAGUUUCCAAAACUUUCUAAGCACGGUGAAUGUUCCAAGAAGAUGGAGAACAUGAGUCCCAAGGUUUUCAAGACACUCGACAAAGACGCAUCAGGCUACUACACUCCAGCAGAUGCUUACAGCGAUGCAUACAACCGAUACAGCUUCACCCUGGAUUGGAAGAAAAGCGGCAAACAAGAGUGUUUGAACCAAUGUAGGCAGAUCUUUGAAGAAGGUUUUACAACCAACACCGCUUGCUCCUAUGACUCUCAUACAAUGGCCCACAACGGUACCUUGGCCUUGGACUGUGGAGUGGCCAGCUUCGAGAUCUUCAACCCGGACACGGCAUCUAGCGGCCCAACCUGCAAGAACGACGCCAGCCCAAUACCUUACAACGUCUUCUCUGGCUCUGACGGCAUCAUCUACAAGGAGUUCUGCCAGAAAUGGGACGCCAAGUCGGGUCUGCGCAUGGUUGUGGACUCCAAGGGGACUUCGAAGAUCCCCAAGCCACAGCUGGGAAGACGCACACCACCUGCGAACCAGGACACCUGGCUGAAAUACAACUUCGAGCUCAACUACAAGCCCGAAACUGGUGCGCAAGCUGGCGCGCAGUGCAAAGUCACCUGCAAAGACGCCUUCACCGCCUUUGCCAACUCUAAGUGUGGCCAGAAGGGAGGUCAAGGAAACACCAUGGCCAAUUAUGCCGAGUAUGACGCGGGGUGUGGAAAGUUCAGUUACCAAAUCACCAAGCCGGUUCCAAAGACCCUUAGUGAGCCUAAGUGCUUUGGAACCGACGAGUUCGGUGAACACGAGGACAUAAAUCCGUCUUUCCAGGAGCAGUAUGUUGGAUACGUAUGCACCGGCUCGGCAUUGCGGAACAUCACCAAGGGCGACUCGAGCACCUUUAUUCACUUUGACACAAUUACCAACAAAGCACCGUACCAGCUGAACGUUUAUUGGGCUGACGGAUGCUCUUUGGAGACAACAGAGGAAAACAUCCUCUUGUGGAAGCCUCUUGGGGACCUGAAUACGGCCAACUGCGCGAGUCUUCUCCUAGACAGUUACAAAAAGUGCAACAACAACGGAGCAGGCGGACGUAUUCAGGCAGGUUGCCUUGUGUAUGAGUUCAAAGCGUCGACAGAGAGGCCAUCGUGGUACAUCCCAAAGUAA